UAGCAUUUUGUAUUCCCAGCUAAUAAUUUAGCAGAACAUUUGCUAUGGCUAUGUCCAUAAAUUCUUAAUUUCAUACCUUGAAGGACAAGGUGUUGAGCCUCCAAUCGAGUCCUAAUAAGCUUAUUUUCCCCAUUUGUGCAUAGUCAUAGAUCUAGUACCGAGAACUCUAGGCAUUCAUGUUCAGCAUGAUGCAUCCAAAGCUAUAGAAGAUCUCACUGGCAUCUAGAAUCAUUUCUCCAAAAAGCACAACUUGAAGAAGCUAAUUAAAUUAAGCGGGAUUGGAUUUAUAGCCCAUGUGAAGACUUGUAGCACUAGAGGAAAACGAAAUGCAACUCAUCCAAAUAAGCAAUAUAUUGGCAUAGGCCAUAGACAGAGAUGAUGAAAGAGUAUCAUUGUGUUUGUGGAAUAACUGUAUUUUUUAGGUAAUUCGUCCAUUAUCAUUCCUCCUAUGGAUAUACUCCUCCAGUAUUUUGUCUUUGGUGUGUCCUUUUUUUUUUUUUUCCAGUUUGUCUUUGGUUCAUAUAGUUGAAAGAAGACCGAGUAUGUACUCUACAAAUAAAUAGAUAGUUUCAAAACUAAACGUCGGCUCUCAAGUCUAUAUCUUUUCACUUGCUAGGUCCUUUUAUCCUCCUCCAUAUGUUCGAGUAUGUAUUGUCUUUAAAGUAGCAUCAAGUUUGCAAGAUUUUUUAGCUUUGAAUUACGAGGAGUUACUUUUUUGUAUGUUUUGAAUUUUAUUAUAAAUUUUUACUUUUUUGUAUGUUUUGAAUUUAUUUUAUAGCACAAAGAAAGUUAAAAAAUAUAUGUACCAUUUUAAAUUAUCAUUUGCAAUACAAAAUUUGUAGUAUUACGUAUUUUGGGAUAAACGUGCAACGCACGUUCCUAGAGAUUAGUUAUAUAAAGAAAUGGAAAAAGUUGACCCGUGGACUCUUCCGUGUUUCAGUCAAUGAAAAUCUGAUUGUUUCCCACCAUUGCUUCAUCUCAGUCUUUUGCUUCACAUCUUCUUUCUUUUCGUAGAUUCCAAGCUCUCAUGCGUUUCCAAUGAUUUCCCACAAAGAAUUGAUCCAAAAAUGGAAAUAUGAUGCCUUCUUGAGUUUUAGAGGAGAAGAUACCCGCAGUAACUUCGUUGUGCAUCUUUACAAACGAAUGGAAGACAUAGGAAUUUACACAUUCAAAGAUGAUGUCAAACUUGAAAGAGGAAAGUUUAUUUCACCAGAGCUCCUGAAAGCAAUUGAGGAGUCAAAAUUUGCGAUUAUUAUCUUCUCUGAGAACUAUGCUUCAUCCACAUGGUGCUUGGAGGAACUCACCAAAAUUAUGGAGUGUGUUGAAAAGAAGGGACAGGAAGCUAUCCCAAUAUUCUACAAUGUUGACCCAUCAGAUGUACGCAUGCAAAGAAAUAGCUUCGCUGUAGCAAUGGCUGAACACGGGGCAGAUCUCAAGGGUAGUGAUAUGGAGAAGGUGCAGAGGUGGAAGGACGUUCUACAUAAAGCAGCCAGUAUAGCAGGAUGGGAUGUUCGUAAAACUGCCAAUGGGGAUGAGGCAAAAUGUAUUGAGCUGAUUGUCAACAAGAUUUUUUGUAGUGUGGAAGAGACAGUUUCAAGCUUUGCAAAGCAUCUAGUGGGAAUCAAAUCUCGUGUAAAGGAAGUAAAAUCAUUGUUGAAUGUUGAAUUAGGUGGUGUUUACUAUGUUGGGAUAUGGGGAAUGGGUGGCAUAGGGAAGACAACUGUUGCAAGAGCAAUUUUUGACGAGAUUUCUUAUCUAUUUGAAGGGUCUUGUUUUCUUGCAAAUGUUAGGGAAAUUUCAAAGAAGUAUGGCCCCGAAGGCCUAGAACAUCUGCAAAAGAAGCUUCUUUCACAAAUCUUGAAGCAACAAUCACUGAAUAUAUCAAGUGCUAAUGAAGGAGUCAAAAUGAUGAGCAGAAUGCUACGUUUUAAGAAAGUUUUGAUUGUUCUUGAUGACGUGGAUAACAACGAUCACUUGGAAUACUUAGUUGGAAAGCGUGACUGGUUUGGUGAUGGCAGCAGGAUCAUUACAACUAGUAGAAAUAAUGAAUUACUUCGCAAGCAUGAUCAGUUGUAUCGUGUCCCUGAAUUGGCUAUCCAUGAGGCUCUUGAACUUUUCAGUUGGCAUGCCUUUCAGCAAGGGACUCCUGAUAAGGAGUUUGCAAACCUCUCCAUUUCUGUAGUAAAUUAUGCUACUGGUUUACCCUUAGCUCUUGAGGUGUUGGGCUCUUUUCUCUACAGACGAGGCAUGAAUGAGUGGAAAAGUGCAUUAGAUAGACUUGAAGAUAUUGGAGACGGGAAAAUUGUUAAGCAACUCAGUUUAAGUCUAGAUGGAUUGAGCCCUGAAGAUAAGGAUAUAUUUCUUGAUAUUGCAUGCUUCUUUAGAGGGAAAAAGAAAGACGAUGUGAUAACAAUACUGAAUAGCUUUGGCUUUAAAUCAGAAAUUGGAAUAGAUAUCCUUAUUAGAAAAUCAGUUUUGUAUAUUUCAGAAGGAAUAGUUGAGAUGCAUGAUUUAAUAGAACAAAUGGGUCAACAAGUGGCACGUAAUAUUGAUCAGGACCAGCCAUGGAAGCACAGUCGAUUAUGGCAUGGCAAAGACAUAGAAACAGUUUUUUCUGAAAAUCUGUGGACAGAUUCAGUUAAAGGCAUAACGGUACCAAUUGGCUCAGACCAACAUAUAUGCAAGUGGAGCAAAGCUUUCAGAAAUAUGCCUUGCCUUAGGUUACUCAUUGUUAAAGGGGAGGAGGUCCGACAUUAUGAACCAGUUUCUAACACAAUUGAAUAUCUGCCCAGUAGCUUGAAAUGGCUUGAUUGGUCGUACUACAGUUUUGAAUAUUUACCAGCAAAUUUUCAACCCCGAAACCUUGUUGGGCUCAACAUGACUUUUAGUUCUCUUAUUGAAUUUUGCGAAGAACCAAAGGUAUUUAACAAGUUGACAAUCCUCAACUUAAGUUUUUCAGAAAAUUUACUCCGAACGCCCAGUUUUUCCGAGACUCCAAACCUGAAGAGGAUUAUACUGAAAAGUUGUUUAAGCUUGGUUGAGGUUCAUCCGUCCAUUGGCAAUCUCAAAAAGCUUAUUUUUCUGAACAUGGAGAACUGUAAAAAUCUCAAGUUUUUACUGAGCAGCAUUCAAAUGGAAUCUCUUGAAAGCCUCAACCUCUCUGGUUGUGAGAAAUUAGGAAAAUUUCCAGAAAUUAGGGGGAACAUGGAAUUGCUGUCGGAGCUUCUUUUGGGACAUACAACAAUAUGGGAGUUACCCUCAUCAAUAGGACGACUCAUUGGCAUCAGCUUGCUUGAUUUGCGUUCAUGCAAAAAUCUUGUAAGACUCCCAGCCAGCAUUACUGAGAUGAAAAAGCUGAAAAUUUUGAUCCUUAAGGGUUGCUCAAAACUUGCAGCCUUUCCUGAAAACCUGGGUGAUCUAGAAGAGCUGGAGGAGCUCUAUGCUGGUAAUACCGCGAUUUGGAAAUUACCAGAAUCUGUUGGAGAAUUAAGCAGGCUUAAAGUCCUAACAUUAAGAAGAGGACGGAAGGUAAAGUGUCAAUACUCUGGGAAUUUGAUGUUCCCGAUUUCAUUAAAUGGUUUGUUGGGAUUGAAAAGCUUAGAUCUGAGUGGAUGCAAUAUAUAUGGCGAACAAGUUCGUCCUCUUAGAUACUUGACUUCUUUAUUGGAACUAAACUUAAGCAGAAGCAAACUUACUUCUUUACCUGGUAUAGCUCAUUUUCCCCAACUCCAAUAUCUCAACAUAACACACUGUCAGGAACUAAAGGAACUUCCCAAACUUCCUCCAAGUAUGAAGGAACUGUAUGCGGAAGAUUUUUUGGGCACACAGAGUAUUGUAGCUUUGUCGUCUUGCCCGUUGUUGUAUUUGGUCUCAUUCACCAACUAUUCUUUUGAGCAACAGCCUUAUAUAGAAAAGAGCAUUGAUAGCUCAGUUUUGGAUCAAAUUCUCAGUUCUUUUCUCUCAGACGUUAAGGUUAACGUGGCCUCCCCCUCUUACUAUGACCAGCAGGGGAUAUCUAUCGUCUUUCCUGGAUGUGCAAUUCCCACGUGGUUUGAGCAUCAAACUGUUAAGGAAAAGAUCUUGUUUGAACUGUUAAGGAAAAGAUCUUGUUUGAACUUCCUGAAGAGUGGUUUGAUUAUAAUUUUCAGGGCUUUGCUAUAUGUUGUGUCACUCGCAUGGGAGCGGGUGUCCACGAUCCUGGUUCGGGGUUAUCAGGCGUCUGGCCCAGAUGCUAGAAACCUUAACCAGUAUGGCCUAUUUGAGGCAUCUAUCAACAAGCGCAUUGCAAGACAGUGGGGAGUUCAUCUGAUUUAUAAGAUUGAUAGACAAUUUUUCAGAAGCAGAAUAGAUGAAGCAUUGCUUGGACCGAACAUUCGUAGAUCCAUUCGAAACUGA